CCACAGCAUCAUUUCAAUGUAAAGCAAAAAGAGAUGGUGUCCCUGUCCCUUCAGUACGGCUUCCAUGGUGCCAUCAGUCCUCCUUGUCUGUGCUGCGUGAAGCAAAAGGACCAGUUUGACAACUUAGAAAAACACACGCAAUGGGGUAUUGAUGUUCUGGAAAAAUACAUCAAGUUUGUAAAAGAAAGAACAGAGAUUGAACUCAACUAUGCAAAGCAGCUUAGGAAUCUUUCAAAGAAAUACCAACCCAAGAAGAACUCCAAAGAGGAGGAAGAAUACAGGUACACAUCAACUAGAGCCUUCCUAGCCACUUUAAAUGAAAUGAAUGACUAUGCCGGACAGCAUGAGGUCAUUUCAGAGAACAUGACCUCUCUUAUCACUGGAGAGUUAACACGCUAUGUGCAGGAGCUGAAACAAGAGAGGAAAUCGCACUUCCAUGAUGGCAGAAAGGCACAACAACAUAUUGAAACUUGCUGGAAACAACUUGAAGCAAGUAAAAGGCGGUUUGAACGUGAUUGCAAAGAAGCUGAUCGAGCACAGCAGUAUUUUGAGAAAAUGGAUGCUGACAUCAAUGUUACAAAAGCAGAUGUUGAAAAGGCAAGACAGCAAGCUCAGCUACGACAUCAAAUGGCAGAAGACAGCAAAGCUGAAUAUUCUUCCACUCUACAGAAGUUCAACAGUGAGCAGCAUGAUCAUUACUACACACACAUACCAAACAUCUUCCAGAAAAUACAAGAGAUGGAGGAAAGAAGAAUCGUGAGGAUAGGUGAAUCCAUGAAAACUUUCGCAGAGGUCGAUCGCCAAGUGAUCCCUAUCAUUGGAAAGUGUCUGGAUGAAAUAACAAAGGCUGCAGAAUCAAUUGAUCACAAGAAUGAUUCACAGCUGGUAAUAGAAGCCUUUAAAUCCGGGUUCGAGCCUCCGGGAGACGUCGACUUUGAGGACUUCACGCAGCCAAUGAAGCGGACUGUCUCGGAAUCCAGCCUUUCCAACUCAAGAGGGGAUGGGAAGUCUGAGCCGAAGUUCGGUGGCAAGUCCAAGGGCAAGUUAUGGCCAUUCAUCAAGAAAAAUAAGUCUCCCAAGCAGCAAAAGGAACCCCUCUCCCAUCGCUUCAACGAGUUUAUGACCUCCAAACCCAAAAUCCACUGCUUCAGGAGCCUAAAGCGCGGGGGAGCAGGCCCAGAAGACUUCAGCAAUCUCCCACCUGAGCAAAGAAGAAAAAAACUUCAGCAAAAAGUUGAUGAACUAAACAAAGACAUUCAGAAGGAGAUGGAUCAAAGAGAUGCCUUAACGAAAAUGAAAGAUGUGUAUAUCAAGAACCCACAGAUGGGAGAUGCAGCGAGUGUGGAUCACAGAUUAGCAGAACUUGGACAGAACAUUGAAAAAUUACGAUUAGAAGCUCAGAAAUUUGAGGGCUGGCUGGCUGAGGUGGAGGGCAGGUUGCCUGCGCGGACUGAACAGGCCCGGCGGCAGAGCGGACUGUAUGAAGCCCAGAACACUUCAGCAGUGAACAGCUGUGCGCAGGACCGGGAGAGCCCAGAUGGCAGUUACACAGAAGAGCAAAGUCAGGAGACUGAGAUGAAAGUACCUGCAACAGAUUUUGACGAUGAAUUUGAUGAUGAAGAACCACUACCCACCAUAGGAACAUGUAAAGCGCUCUAUACAUUUGAAGGUCAGAAUGAAGGAACAAUUUCCGUAGCAGAAGGAGAAAUGCUCUAUGUAAUAGAAGAAGACAAAGGUGAUGGGUGGACACGAAUCCGAAGGAAUGAAGAUGAGGAGGGCUAUGUCCCGACGUCGUAUGUUGAAGUUUAUUUGGACAAAAAUGCCAAAGGUGCUAUGACUUAUAUUUGAUACUACUAUUAUUACUUUAUUUGCUUUCCCAGAGAUAUCCAACACUGCAACUGCUCUGUGUUGCAGAUAGAGCCUUUUAAAAGUCUGUACAAUGCCACAAAGUGCAUUAUUUCGUACGUGGACUAACAUGGCUUGCUGUACUGCAAAACGUGCUUUUCAUUGAUCAGAGAAGGAUAGUGUGAUAGACUGUAAAACUAGAGGGGAAACUUUCCUCGACAGUGUGUAUUCAACUGUCACUGCCACUGCACGCCCGACAGUGCAGGAAACACAAAGCCAUUUGGGAUAACAUGGGCUCUCCUCAGAUACCCAGGUGGCGUCUCAGACACGUUCACAAGUCAGCCCUUUGUCCCAGACUGAUUCAGUGGAACGUUAUAUAGGAAAUAUUUAGACUGCUGUUCUGUGUCUCAAUGUGGUAGCUUUUCAGAGCCUGGUGUGUUCUGUGGACCUUCUGGAUUGAAACCUGGUCAUCAUUUAGUUAGUGUGUUUGGAAGCGGAGGGAGAAAUCUCGCCAAAACCUCUCUACACAACACUCUGUGGUCCUUGAUAAAUAGGUAAAACAUUAGCAUUAAGAAAGAUCCUCUGUUCUUUCCCACUUUGAGAAAAUGGUCUUUUGGAUGUAUUUGCUGUUCCAGUUGACCAUAGCUAAUGGGUUAAUCUUUUGCUCACACGUGAUCAAUGGAGACACUCAGAGUUUAGAUUUGGCAAUCUUCAGUUUCGUUGUUGCUUCUAACUCCUCACAAGUAGGCGUGUUGUGUAAGCAAGCAGUGCUAGGGGUCCUGGCUGGAAUAUAUGCUAGCACCAUCAACACCUGGUAAUGUAAUACACCAAGAAAUCCAAAGCUUCUAGUCAAAAUCAAAUCGGGAUGUGUUUGAAGUCCACUGUUAAAUAAUUUGUAUUUUUUCAGUCACUUAAUCCUUCAGAUUAUUGUUGUGUUUCCUAGACUUUAGAGUUCUUGGUGUGAAACAAGCCGCCUCAUCCAAUUUAAAACUGAACCAUUCUCAUUGGGAUUUAUGGACAGCAGGAAGAGAGGAGUGGGACUGUCUCUGUAAACAAACACUAUAACUUGAUCAGUUCACUGUCUUGGAUUCAGUAUUAAACAGUGCAGUGCCUUGUUUGCUGCAGAUGAAAGUCUGGGGUCUUGUUCCAUUUUGCCAUAAUGCAGUAGUUUUGUGUUUGUGUUGGCAAAUACAGGGUCAGUUGAGAUGCAAAAGAGUGCAAAAAGCUCAGCCCCUCUGUUGGCUUUUAUUAAGCUUUGAAAGAGCAACGUGGAUUGUACAUUCUCCUUACUUCAUAACUCGGAACAAGGCAGAAAGCACCACCUGGGGGAUAUCCCAUCUCUUAUCCCUGUGUUCUCUCCUGUGGAGACUUGACUUUGUGUGUGGUGAUGGUUGAAAGCACCAUUAUUACUCUGUUGGAAAACUUGUUGUUUUCCACAAGCAGCAGUGUAGGCUGCUUGAAACUGCUAAGCUAGUGUGGCAUCUAAAUCUGUCUUAAGAAUGGAGCGUGUCUCUCCUGCCCUGGGGUGCGCAGCGUGGUUCACAGCAGAACGUUACAGCACGUUACCCCGUGAUGAGGAGAGCAGCAGGUUGGGGGGGUAAGUGAAGCAAAGCGUAUCCGUGGGUGGGGGAAGAAAUCCUGACAGUCCCGCUAACUGAACUAGCAGAAGCUUGUCUUUACCCUUCUGGAGAGAAUAUUGCAGGAGUAUUGCAAUACCAGCCAGAAUUUUUAGUAUGUUAAAGGUAUUAUGUAAGUUAUAGGAUGAUGCUGAAUGAUUGAAAAAAUGCAAUCUGUGCCAGGAGCAAAGGCUGAUACAGUUGCAGCCACUUCUACAGCAAUGAUGGAGGUUUUUCAGAUCCUCUUAAAGUUUUUCCAUUAAUUUUGCUGGACUUCAGGAACAAAUUGAAAUGUAUCUCUGACUAUCUAAUGUAAACAAACUAUAAUAUUUACCUCUUUCUUUCUCAAUUCUCUGGUUAAAAAGAAAAGCUAAAAGAGAACUUUGCAUAAAAUGUCAGGGUAGCAACAUAAAGAUUUGGGGGAAGUGCUACUGUGUUUAAAAGACAAACUUUGUUGCAAGCUGCAAAUUUCUUAGUUGCUUUUUAAUAUAUUAGUAGAAGUGAGUUUACUCAAUCCUUGAAACAGAAGCUACCAGGUUCCUGAAAAUGACACUGUAAAUACUAAAGUAUUUACAAACUUUCAGUAGUUCUUUCCUGGUUUUGGAAAGAAGCUGGAGCAGCUGGUGCCUCUAGAGGUUGGUUGCCUGAAUGGUGGGAGCAUUCGCACCAGCUCUGAGCACAUCUGUGACCCUUCGAGCCAGCAGCAUCGUCUCCAGCUGUUGUGCCAGCGCCGUGAGCCGGAGGCAGCCCUGCCUGAGAGGUGCAGCUGCUAAAUGCAUUGUGAAAAGCCACUGGGCAGUUGGUGAGCUUUUUCACUCAGCUGCAGCCUAUGUUGGCAGGGCUCUGCUGCUGUACCUGAGAUGAGUAGGACAGGUAAGUCAUGGGCUGCGGUCGCCCUCGUGAUGGUAGAAGUGAGGAGGGAUGAAGACAUGGGAGCUGAGCUGGGUCUGCAAACUCCUGCAAAUACCCGUGUGAGGGCUGUUUGUAAAGUUUACAAUGGUACCUCCGGUCAGAGGGUGUUAGCAAACCCUGUCACAAAAAAGAACAGUAAUAUCUAUCUUGUUUUGCCUUUUUUUUUU